ACAAACUUCUGACAGUCUUCAAAGAUGUCUUUCUUGAAAAAAUCCCUUUUACUUCUGCUUUUCCUUGGAUUGGUCUCCUUUUCUGUCUGUGAAGAAAAGAGAGAAGAUCAUGAAGAGGAUGGGGAUGAAGAGGAUGAGAAUAAUGAAGACCAUUUAGAGAAAGAAGAGCUAAACAAAAGGCAUCUGGGCGUUUUAAAUAAAGUCACUGACUUAGCAGGUGGUCUGCUAGGAUGCAUGCUCACAAAUAUGCUGUGGAGUCUGUGGCAGACCAAGGACCAUCUUGGCAACCUGAAGGUUCACACCGGUCAGUUAGGCGAGUUAGUGGAGGAAGUGCGCAGGGAAGCUGAGGAAAACCAUGCUUGCCUGUGA